AUCAAUUCAACUCCGUUUCCGCUAAACAACUCAUCGGAAAAUUACACGAUGACUACCACCAUGGGCCCUCCGCCUCCAAAAACCCCUACCGCCACCGCCACCGCCGCAUCCCUAGACGGCGCAGAUGCCUCAAUAUCCGGAUCACCAAUAGCAAUCCCUAUAGUUCCCCCUCUUUCCAGGGACAGCAGCCCUUCCGAACCCGAACCCGAACCCGAACCCGCAGCCGAAGCCGAGUUAUCAGGAAUUGACCACCAACAACCGGAAUCAAACCCUCUCCGUGAUGAUACUUCAGGCGAACCUAAUCAACUUUCCAAUCCUACUGACAUCUCAAAUGACGUCAUCUCUUCUGACGUCGGAAAGAAAAAGGAGCAGCAGAAUGGUACUGCGGCGGUGCCGUACAAAAUUCCGGAGUGGAGCGCACCUCCUGGCCACGAGUUCGUCCUUGAAGUCCUGAAAGAUGGCGCCAUCAUUAAUCAAUUUGAUGUGAAUAAGAAGGGGGCAUAUAUGUUUGGCCGCGUGGAUCUUUGUGAUUUUGUGCUUGAGCACCCUACCAUUUCUCGUUUUCACGCCGUUCUUCAGUUUAAGAGCAACGGAGGUGCGUAUCUCUAUGAUCUCGGAAGUACACAUGGUACAUUUAUAAACAAGAGCGAGGUAAAAAAGAGGGUUUAUGUGGAUUUGCACGUUGGUGAUGUCAUCCGAUUUGGCCAAUCGUCAAGGCUGUACAUAUUUCAAGGACCAUCCGACUUGAUGCGACCAGAAGCUGAUUUGAAGAAAUUAAGAAAGGCAAAGAUACAACAAAAUAUGCAAGAUAUGGAAGCAUCACUUCUGCGAGCAAAAGUAGAAGCAUCUCGGGCAGAUGGGAUUUCCUGGGGCAUGGGUGAAGAUGCUAUUGAAGAGAAUGAGGAUGAAGUUGAUGAAAUAACUUGGCAAACUUACAAGGGACUACUUACAGAGAAGCAGGAAAAAACUCGAGAAAAAGUCAUUAAGAGACUCGAAAAGAUUGCUCACAUGAAGAAAGAGAUUGAUGCAAUUCGGGCGAAGGAUAUUGCUCAAGGUGGCUUGACACAAGGACAACAAACACAGAUUGCUCGCAAUGAACAAAGGAUAUCUCAGAUACUGGAAGAGCUUGAGAAUUUGGAAGAGACUUUGAACGAAAGCAUUCGGGAAAGUUUAGGUGCACGUACUGGAAAGUUGUCUCAUGGUAAGAAAAAAGGGUCCAUGGAAGACGAAGAAGACGAAUAUUUGAGUGAUGAUGAUGAUUUCUACGAUCGAACACAGAAGUCCUUAAAGAACAAGAGCCGGGGAAACCAAUCAGUAGAAACAGCUGAUUCUCUUCUUGACAAGAAGGAUGCCCUUAGUAAACAGAUAGAAGAUAAGGAAAAGUUACUUCUGGAUGAGGACAAACCAGCAGAGAUAAAGGAAGUUUCUGAAGCUGGAGAUGAACUUGAUGCUUACAUGUCGGCAGUUUCAUCACAGCUAGUUUUGGAUAAAAAGGAAAAGAUUCAGAAGGAGCUAUCCGUUCUCCAAUCGGAGUUGGAUAGGAUUCUUUACUUGCUGAAAUUAGCCGAUCCGACCGGAGAAGCAUCUAGGAAAAGAGAAUCCGCAGAACAAAAACCCAAUACAGUAGUGAAGAAUCAUCCUGCUUCAGAUGCAAUCAAUCCCCCCCUACCAGAAAAGAAUCUACCAAAGAAUGGCCCCUCGUCAGAUAAGAACCCAAAUUUAGGACCAGAAGGCACAGUAGUUAAAUCUGUUAGAAAAGAAACUUUAGUCGAAUCAAAAGCGAUGAAGGAACAAGCAAAGUCCGUAAACGAUGAGAGUACAGCUACUGUAUAUACGGCUGCAAAGCCACAAUGGCUUGGUGCUGUGGAGGACAUAAAAAGGCAAGAAAUUAAGCAAGAAAACAAACAAGAAAUUAAAGAAGAAUUGCAGGAGAAAGAUCAGUUUGUAGACUAUAAAGAUAGGGAAACGAUUCUGACAAAAGCAGAACCGGGAAUAGAAGAUGCUGCCCCUGGUCUAAUUAUAAGGAAACGGAAGCAAGUCGGAAAGUCAAACAUCAGUGAGGUCAAAUAUUCUGAACAGUCUAUUGGACCUGAUAUUAAGGCAGAAGAUGCUGUGGCCUUGUUACUGAAACACUCGAGAGGGUACCUUGCAUUAGAUGAGGAAGAUAGCCCUAUUAAUGAAGAUGGUCUAGUUGAAAAUCAAGGUAGGAAGAAAGGGAAAAAGGCUAAAAAGGUGCUAGGUCCUGAGAAACCGUCGUUUCUCAGUGAGCCGGAUGCUUGGGUGCCCCCUGAAGGUCAAUCUGGAGAUGGACGGACCUCAUUGAAUGAACGUUUUGGUUACUGAAGUGACAUCUACGAUGCUUUACAGGGCUGCACUUGGCUGAGGUUCACUGUCUGUUUUGAUGUUUUUACCAAAACGCCCCUGCGUAUGAACUCUUUAUUUAUGGUAAAGGGCAUUUUGCGGGAUUUGAUGGUAAAUCGAACAAUGUUUACGUUUCCUGUAACUCUACUCCAGGAAUCAUAAUUUAACGAUAGGCUACUGAGGUAAUGUAGUGUUGUACAAAUUUGUGAAGCAUAGUUGAAUGUUUCGAAAGUUUUCAAUCAGGUUAUUGCCCAACAUUAGUAGAUAUUGAGAGGUAAGAGAUCGUAA